AUGUCCGGAUUCCUCAACGCUAUUGUCCGCGCCGCGGCGCUCUUCUGGACCCUGUUGCUUACUGCCCUCGUCGGCAACUUGAUCGCCGUUGGCAACCACAAGGCCGCCAUUAACUUCACCAUGUUCGUCGCUGUCCUCUCUUGGAUCGUCACGCUCUACGGCAUCGCCUCGUCUUUUGUUUCGUCUCUCGGAAGAGCUGCCAUUCUCCUCCCUCUCGACGCCAUCCUUGUCCUCUUCUCUGUUAUUGACGGUAUUGUUCUCGCUGCUCUUCUCAACACCGUCGACUGCGCCAGCAUCGACUCUACCAAGAACCACCAGAGCGUUCUCUUUGACAACGAGAUGGGCCACUGCCGUCAAACUCAGGCCUCCGCCGUCUUUGUCUGGUUCAUCUUCAUCUGCGCUACUGGUGGUCUCUUCUUCAGCUUCUCCGAAUCCCGCAGCCCUAUCGGCUCCAUUCGCGGCUCACGCGUGUAA